AUCCUUAGUUGAAACCUAACCUCAGAUUUUUGUUUUGAUUUUUAAAAAAUAUUUAUAUUUUCCAAAAUGUGGCGUAGUUUUACAAAAUUACUGGGCAGUCUCUCGAAAACCGGUCCAGCUCUACCUAAUUCUACACCAAAUUUACCAAACAGUUUUAACCAUGGGGCUCCUUCAAUCUCGACGACAAGCAUCCUAAAUAUGUUUGUACAAACGCAGGAAACCCCAAAUCCCAACAGUCUCAAAUUCCUUCCAGGGGUAAAGGUUUUGGAUCCAGGUCAAACCAUAGACUUUCCUCGAGCACAAGAUGCGUAUUGCUCACCUUUAGGAAAGCUUCUGUUUCGAAUUGAUGGCGUUAAAAGCGUGUUUUUGGGGCCCGAUUUUAUAACAAUCACCCGUGCUGAAGAAGACGUGGAAUGGAAAGUGAUUAAACCUGAAAUUUUUGCUACAAUUAUGGAUUUCUUUGCUAGCAACUUGCCUGUUUUGACUGAGGCAAAACCAAAUACUGAUACAGAGAUAAAUGACGAUGAUGAUGAAAUUGUACAAAUGAUUAAAGAACUUCUUGAUACUAGAAUCAGGCCAACUGUUCAAGAAGAUGGAGGUGAUAUAGUCUUUAUGGGUUACGAGGAUGGUAUAGUUAAAUUAAAAAUGCAAGGUUCGUGUUCCAGUUGCCCCAGUUCUGUUGUGACGCUCAAAAACGGGGUUCAGAACAUGUUACAGUUCUAUAUCCCUGAAGUGGUGGCCGUAGAACAAGUAAUGGACAAGUCCGAUGUGGUAACAGAGAAGGUUUUUGAGGAAUUCGAAGAAAAACAGAAAGAAAAAUCAGAAAAAACAUAAUUACGUACUUAAAAGGACAGACGUUAUAAGCAAGACCUUGUGAUAAUUAUUAUUUGAAUAAAAUUAAGCAAUACAAUAAUUAUAUUUUGG